CUGCGGGACUUAGUUGAAUUGUAGCAUUCUUCAAGCUCUGCAGUUCGCACCCGUGUGGAGGCGUUCCGUCGUAGCGCAGUUUGGACUGACUCUCACGGACACAUCGUUAUGUGAAAGAAAUGGUUUAGGUUUCGCAGCGUAAAUGACUGCAACUCAACGCAGGAGCCAAUGAAGUGGAUAGUGUUCACAUUUCUACUUGCUGUCACGUGGCCUUCUGUCCAGGCCCUCUUCACCGUGGAGGCAGAGCAGGAUUCAUACUAUGCCGAGCUCCACAGUGAAAUUAAGAUGGCAUGUCGAUUUUCACGCAUGCAGAGCAGUGAAUUGCUGACUGUCAUCUGGCAGCGUAUUGUGCCCACUCCCAUCGAGGACGUCUACCGGCUGGAGAGGGGCCUCGAGAAUAACAACUUCACCAACGAGCGAUUUCGGGGCCGGGCCCAACUGGUGAAGGAAGACUUGCUGAAGUUCCGCGCCGUGCUCGAACUGUCCCAGCUCCAGCUCAACGACUCGGGGAUGUACCGGUGUAUCGUCAAACACCAGGAUGUGGACUAUAAGCAGACCAAACUCACCAUUUGGGCCCCAUACACCUCUGUGAAGAAAAACAUUAGGAGAACAGGCACAGAAGAGGUUGAGCUUUCCUGUCAGUCCCAAGGUUUCCCAUUGGCCAAGGUGAUUUGGAGAGAUGGCAGACUCCAAAGUCUGAUGCAAGGGUCAAGAAGCACCAAUGAAACGACCAGUGAGGGCACAUGGAACAUCACCAGCCGGGUGACUGUACACACCAACGUCAUCAGCAACUACACCUGCUCCUUUGAAAGUGAGAACAGGGAUAGCCAGGAAGCCACAUUUCGUAUCCCAGAUGAAAUCUUCCCUGAGGAGUGUCAGCGGUGUCACGCAUCUGUAGCCAUCGCGGUGGUAGCAGUGAUUGUGAUCGUCGCUGUUACCUCUCUGGUUCUGCACAGAAGGAGGAAAGGACAAACACAUGGUAGAAGCAGCUCAAUGGCCAAAUGCAUUUCAGACGCAAAUCUGAUGAUGACAUCAACCGACUUUUUCCUUGCAAGCGCAAACAGGAAACCUGAUAGCGUGGCUUUUUCUUCAGAGGUGCUCAUGGGUAAAGCAGAGGAGCUGAGAAAGGCGUUGCUGGGGAGAUCUGUGGCACACAGCACAGCCAGCGAGGUGAAGAAAGGGUUCUUCCCUCAGCAGGUUUACGACAGGGAAAACCAGUGUGUAGACAUCUGGGCCGUCCUUCCAGAAGUGGGUAAGACUGUACUUCUGGAAGGGGAGAAAGGAACCGGCAAAACCUCCGUUGCCAACUGGCUGGCCUCUUCUUGGGCGGACAGCCUUGGGCCGGACCCCCUCACCUCUCACCUGACCAUCCGCCAGCUCCUCCUGGUCAUUCUGGUGGACUUUGAGGAGGCCAAAGGUGAUUUUUUUCAAGUGGUGAAGUCAAGGCUCCCCGCUGAAGUAGGCCUAGAGACAGGGGACAUCAGAGAGAUCCUACAGGGCCCUCUGGACAGUCUGCUCAUCCUGGACAGUUACAAACAGGGGGACAGAGAGGCGGACGAGUCACUCGUCAAGUUCCUGAAAGGCCGCAACGCCUGUCGGGUGCUGGUCACGGCAUGCCCGGGAGAGCACAGCGCUCUGGGGGAGACGGUUAGGAAAGAGUUGCGGCUUCGUACAAGGCCUGUGCAGACCUGAUGUCUGGAAGGAAUGCAUGGUUUUGGGGAUAACAGAUGCAAUGUAGCUGAUUUAAAAUGUAUAACAAAAAUGACCUUGUUAUAGUUUAAGUGAUGCAACGUCCUUUUAUUUCAACAUGUUUUUAUGCUACAUUUUAUGCAAAUUAUCAGUGCAAUACAGCCAGCAAUGCGUAUGCCCACACAUACACACCUAUGCAUCCAGCCAACUAUGCACACACAUAAACAUAGCCACAUGAAAAGACAGGGCAUCUGAGGUCAAAACCAUAAAACUCUGAUAUUGGCAUUAGAUUACAGUUUUGAUAGCGUAGGAGACUAGUGGACGAGGAGAGGUGACUUCCACCUCAUUUCGCUCUCGUUAACGGCUGCUUAACCACUGCCAGACAGAAAUGAGUGAGUGUGAAGGCUGCCAAGCCAAAUCUGUGUGCCUGAUUUGCAGAGAAAUCUCUCUACACUAUACGUACGAAGUCAAGACGCUCUCCUGAUGACCGGAGGGGAAGCUGUAGGACCAGCUUCUGUUUGUUGUCAUUUCACAUUUUAGGAGGAUGAUAUGAUAAUAUCAAGAUCCAGGAAAGAUUUUGUGAUGGGUUAAAUAGAACCUUCCAUCUGUAUUUAUUUGACCUGCUUUUAACUGUACUUUUAACGAGGUUGUGUAGGGGUGGAGUUCAUGAACAUGUGACAAGCAUGCAGCAACUCUGGGUCUGUUAUGUUUUUGGAGAUUGAGAUGUUAUGCUUUAUGAAUGUUGUGAAUUCCCUUGGGGGAAAUGACUGGUGAGGAGGACACACUUUAAAUAGUUCCACUUCUGAAUUGUUUUUCUAAACUUCUUUUAACUUAACACUGAGGAAGUAAACAAGUGAGCUGUAGAAACAUUACAUUUAGACUUCUUUAUUUGCACGGUUUCUUAAGCCAUGUUUCUUUUCCUUGCUUGAACAUGGAGCAGGGGGCUACAAACCCAAAGCCAAGUUUCAGAGCUAGUAUCAUCACUCCAGAAAGGAAUCCCAAACAAAUGUACAUUAAACUGUGUUUGGUAAAGAUGUGAAUGUUUUUGCAUUAGUGUUAAAUAAACUGCCAAAGUCCACUUGCUCCCUGUAAUUCCUGUGAAGGAAUUAUUUGUAUAUAUUUUAUUUGUGUAGCAUGUUUCUAGACUGAGUCACAAAGUGUUUUGCAAUGCAAUAAGUAAAAGCAAUUGUGAAAGUUGUUCAAUAACUGUUGAGUUAUAUUAUCGCCCUUUUCAAGACUUCUACAUGUCAAAUGUGCAAAUCAAAAUACCUUUAACUAAAUUAAUAAAUAACACAGAAUGUCUUUGACUCAAAAAGUCAAGCUCAAGUUUGCUAAGAAAAAAUUUACAAGUUUAAAUAAUUGUUUUAAUAAAUAUUUUUACCAUAUAAAAAUAA